CGGGCACGUGACCGCGGCGGGGCACGUGACUGCGCGGGCGGCCGCGCUUUACGGCGCCGCGCGACAGUUCCCGGUGCUGUGCCCUCGGCUCGCCAUGGCGUCGGGCAGCGGGACCAAGAACCUGGACUUCCGCCGCAAGUGGGACAAGGAUGAAUACGAGAAACUCGCAGAGAAGCGGCUCACGGAGGAGAGAGAGAAGAAGGAUGGCAAACCAGCUCAGCCCGUCAAAAGGGAACUUCUGCGGCACCGAGACUACAAAGUGGACCUGGAGUCCAAGCUGGGGAAAACCAUUGUCAUCACCAAAACUACCCCUCAGUCAGAGAUGGGAGGGUAUUACUGUAACGUAUGUGACUGUGUGGUGAAAGAUUCCAUCAACUUCUUGGAUCACAUCAAUGGCAAAAAACACCAGAGGAAUCUGGGCAUGUCCAUGCGGGUGGAGCGUUCCACGCUGGACCAGGUGAAGAAACGCUUUGAGGUGAACAAGAAGAAGAUGGAGGAGAAGCAGAAGGAUUAUGACUUUGAGGAAAGGAUGAAGGAACUCCGUGAGGAGGAGGAGAAGGCCAAAGCCUACAAGAAGGAGAAGCAGAGAGAGAAGAAGAGGCGGGCGGAGGAAGAUUUGACCUUUGAAGAGGAUGAUGAAAUGGCAGCUGUGAUGGGUUUCUCUGGUUUUGGCUCAACCAAAAAGAACCACUGAGCAGCUCUGGACUCUCCUCUUUCUCUAAACAGUUUGUUUUUACCCAGGGAACUCUGGAUAACUCUUCAAAGACUUGAUUGAGGACUUGUAUGUAAAUCUCCCAGUAGAAGUUGGCUGGAAGAGUUGAAAAGCGAUUCCAUGCUCUACCUGUGCUGCAGAUCAAGCUCUGCCUCUCAUUAGCUUCCCUUCUCCUUCUUUGUCCUAGAUCUGGCUGCUCAGCUGCUCUGUGGCUGUGUGUGUGCAGGGAAGUGCUCUGUUGGGUACAUUUUUUGUCAAUAAAGUGCACAUUCUGCACAGGUGGCCUGGUUCAGGAUUAAUCUAGUUGUCAGCCAGGCCCUACUUGUCACCCAAGCUGUGUUUGGGAUGCUGGGAGGGAUUCAGUUGCUUUUAGGCUUAUAAUGAAGGAAAUGUGCCACAGCAAGCAGUGUGAGAGGUGCAUCUUUAUGGCUUGUGCUGAGCAGAGCUGGUGGCUGCAUGGAGUCUGGGUUGCUGAAACUUUCCUGUGUGUUUUGUCUGCAAGGGAGACUUCCCUCCUUUUCUUUGUGUUUUAUCCUAUAAUUUCGGUAUCUUUAAGGUAGGGGAGAAAUUCCUCCCUGUGACUGGUCUAGGAUAGAGCCAAUGAAAGAAAGGUGUGUACAAUUUGGAAGAAAUAAAUGGAAUGUUUUAAUGGG